AUGUCGGACUUUAUGGAUGAUAAUAGCGUUUUGAUACAGCGUUUAUAUGCUUGUUAUUCUAAAAAUGAAAUAAUAUCACCUGAAGCACUUAUCACAUGGUAUAUUGAUUAUUUGAAUUCUCCUUUCGUUUUUGACAAAAAACUUAAUUCUAUCUCAUACGUUAUGGAAGCUCCCAAAGACAUUGAAAAUUAUCCAUUUCAGUUAGUCGCCUUUUGUGCAACUGGUGCUCCUUUUGAUGACGUAAUCCUUCGGUUUUCAAAGAAAACGGACUUAUUUUGCUUGCAUCGUUCCUACAGAUUCUGCCUCGUCAUUGAUUUUAGCUGGUCUGCAUUGUGUUCAAGUGUUGAUGGUACAUGCUACAUAAAUGGUAUUCUCGGGACAAUUAAACAACUUCUUCACAUUCUUAGUGAAUCUAGCUGCUAUUCAUUCCCUGGCACUGGAUACAAAAUUUCUGAUGUUACAAUUUACAUCUCUGUGAUUGUUGUCGUACCUCACUCUCAGUGCUAUACAUUAAUUUCUGGUUGGGUGUUGGAUCCUGCAGAUAUUCUGAACAAAAUUGCACAUAUUUCUCGUUCGGUUUUUAAACUUGAGCGUAAGUUUCUGGAAAACAUGAGGAACGAACAUAAGCAUUUUUCCGAUCGAAAUCAGCAUGUAUCGCUGUCAGAUUUGCUACGCCAUGGGACUUUAUCUGUUUCAUUGCUUGCCCCUAAUUCAGCUCCAGCUACUAUCAUAUUUUUGACAGAUGGCUGUUUUUCGACUUCUGAUUUUGGAGUUCCUGAACUAGUCAUGUCCCACUUAAACUUAGAACGUGUUCGAUGUGUUUUUAUUUUAAUAGCUGAUAAUAUCACUUCUCGCACACUCAAACUACCUAUUUCAUAUGAUGUAUUUAAGCAAUCUUCUUUCAUGUCCGCUGGUAUACAGCAAGUUGAGCUGUGUAAUCUUUUAGCCCGAAAUACAAGCGGUUUUGUUGUAAAUGUUCCAAAUGAGUCACGCGACAUAGGAGCUCACUUAAGACCGAAGGAAUUAACAGAAUCACUACUAGCCAUUCCUAUCAUACAUCAUGGUGAAUUUGACGCAAGUAACAAUGAUUUUAUCUGUGGCCCAAGAGUGACAGUCAAAGCAAGCUCAAAGUUAGUUGAACUGCCUACGCACACUAUGUUAAUGACAAGGUUAAAAAGCGGAUUUCGUUUGAAGACUGCAUCUUUGUCUAGGAAAUACGUUCCAUCGAAGAACCCUUUGAUAGCGAAAGAAAAGACAUCUGUUUGUGUCAAGAAUGAUCAGGUAGAUGCCAGCGUUCCACUUACUGACAAGGAAAAAGCAUCAAUUGACUGCAUGGCUGAAAUAGUUAAGUUGGACCUUGAAAUGGUAUGGGGAGUGAGUACAAUUUUUCACUGUUCUAUAGUUGGAGAAUGGACGCCGUUUCCCCACUCUUAUCUAGCAAGAGGUACAGCGGAAUUUUCUGCAGAAAGUAGAGAAGAUGCCGUGCCGAUCCGUUGUUCUGCCUCACGUUCUGCCGUAGAAAAGUCAUGGGUGGAAUUAAAAAUUGAAGCUAACUAUUCGUUUAUUCAGGAGUUUGUUAAUCGACAUUCAUUAAACAAUAACAACCUAGUACUGCCAUCAAAGUUUUCCCACCUUCCGUUGCCUGUUCAAAUGACUGCCUUGAAUGAUAUACUACUAGUACAUGUUUAUGAGUUCAACAAAAAUUCAGCUGUUCGACAAAUUCCAAAUGCAUUUUCCAGUCGUUUAUAUCCAGUGUUUGUCGUAAAAAACAACCAUCAGGGAGACUUAUUAGCAGCACCCACACUAACUGAGCAUCAACCAGCCAGUAACCGUGAUUCCUUAUCUUUUCAACGUUUCAUUGACUAUUGGAGAUUUUUUAUCGAUAUAGAUCUUCUUCAGUGUUAUCGCUGGAUGAGUCUACAUCAUAUCUUUGUGCUUUUGGAACACGACUCAUUGCCUUCUAAUCUACAUUUCCCUCUUUCAGAAAAGCGUGACACUUCUCCAUUAUCUUGCCGUCAAGCUCUUUUCCGAGUGCAUGCGCUGUUGUCACAGUGGUCAAGUUUUGUUUUGCUUGAAAAUAGUACUUAUGUUAAGUUGUUUCAUGUUAGGGACUUUCUUGUAGAACGACAUAUGCAUCAGUCUAAUUCCUUGUCUUCAGUGUCUUCAGUUCCCUUAACUACACAGGAGUCUGUGGAUUCAACAAAAGCAGGUGAUUGUGAUACUGAUAAUGAUAAGACCUGUUCGGGAGUUUCUGCCUCAUCUGUCUCUCACUUUUGUGUGAUACGCCUAGAACUCAGGAUUCCUGAAGUAAGAUUUAUCAUUGGUUUUGUCAGUGAUACGCCCACUGGAAUUCAGCGUGACAUUGUGGAGUAUCUUAAAAUGCAGCUAGUGCUAUUACGCUUUCCACCUAGAGGGCGUCAGGCAAUUCCAAAAUCUAGACACAAAUCGGGUACUUUUCAACACGUAAAUGAAUUUAAACAUGUCCCGCCUUUGCAGCGAUCCUGGGAAGAUACGCCAUGCUGCACAAUCUUCCAAACAAGACUUGAUCGUUUGGCUAUAGAUUCAGGCACUUUUUGUAAUCAAGCCGUGAGAAAAUCAGGUUACGUUUCUACUGAUAGGAAACAUUCUGUCAAUAUCACAUCUGCUCAAGAAAGUGAGCGUUUAAUGAAAAUAUGUAAACGCAAUCGGCUCCUAUUUCUAAGAAGCAGUCUUGUAACUCAUCCAACCAUCAGUUCUUUGCUGUUAGCACAACAUCUGCACCACUCUGUGUGUGUUUGGGCAGUAUUUUCAACAACUUCCAAGUCAUGUAUACACUCGAUGUUUUCAAGUUUUGUGAAUAUCCGGUUACAAGAAGGAUUUCAUUUAGCUCGUGUUGGACCACAACCUGGUUUUGUAUCGCUCUUCACUGAAGUGGAAAUGCAGCAAACUCCAAAUUCCCAAUCCAAAACUCCUUGUUUAGUGCAAUAUCAAGUUUAUCCAAUUGUUGAUCCCAGAAAUAUAAGGUUUCAAGCGCAUGAAUUAGGACAUUUGACCAUACUAGACACCCCUCUAAGGACUCAAGUUGAUGCUGUAGUUUCUGGCGCGUUAAACUUAUUUGACAACCAUCCCAUCACAAAUAUAGAAAAUUCCGUAUUUUCACCUAUCAUUAUUGUCUCAGAGAUAUGGAUCCAACCUGUCAGUGGUACUGUCAGCUCCACUCAUUUGGAAGCAAAGCACUGGUUGAAAUCUACGUUUACCAAGUUACCUCGGAUUAUUUUCAAUGAAGAUGAAGGAUGUAUAAUCCCAUAUGCAACAUUGGACAAUAUAUAUAGUCUUGUAUCAAAAAAGUCAAAGACUUAUAAUGUUUCACAUGCGACGGCAGCACUAAACAGUAAAGAGACAUGUUUUUCAGUAGAACCCUCCCCAGAAAUCCGCUUAGCGUACAGCAGCAUAUCCAAGCUUCUACCUAUGAGUCCUAAUCUGAUUGUUUUACUACCUUUGUUGGGACAGAUCACGAACAAAAAGUUCUCAUCUAGUCACUUGAGUAUCCUUCAUAAUGAAAACUUAAUAUCGAGCCUGCACUUACGUCUCAUGAAGUCCGGUUCAUUGAUGGAAAUCCCAGUUCCUAUGAGUGAGGUGAAAGACAUAUUUUCCCAAUGGGGCUAUGACGUAAAAUCUGGAUCUCGAGAUAACUCCGAAGUGGAGUUCCCUAAUUUACGCUGUUUUGUUGGUCGAGGGCUGUUGAAGCAACAAACUAAUUCAAAUGUUUUUGAUGAACCUAAUCCAAUGGUUAUCAUAAUUCUUGUGCCGUCAACGUUGAAAGAUGCUUUUCAUCCUAUUUUCUUCAGUGUGAUAAAUAGUCAACUAAAAAGCUUAGAAGUGAGUCAACCAUCUCUCCCUUGUUUGCCGGUUUUCAUGUAUGUUUGUUCUCGUGUCUAUAUGUCUUAUCUAAUAGAUGAUAAAUGGACAUAUAAAGCUCCAGAUACUCACAUCAUUAAUAUGUGCUCAAAUAAUCAAGGUUUACUUAUGUCGGAUAGGCAUGACUGUGGUAAUGUGGACAAAUUAAAUCUUCUUUCAGGUGUAGUGCCAGAUUGCUUUUUAAAUGUAGGUUGUCAAAACCAUAGAUUGACCCAAGAGCUGCGAGCACUAUGGUCAGAUCUGAUGUUUGCUUUUAAACUCUUAGAGCACUCACACAGUUAUGCAUACAGUGUUUCGAUCUAUCGGAUUUUAGAAGCCGGUUGUGUUGCAGAUGUUAAAGACGUUAAAUAUAUGCUUAAACAUUCCCAAGAUUAUUUUCCAUUACUACCAUUAACUUUAGACAUUACAUCGUUUACAUUAUAUAAUUGUUCUCAUCUUUUCACAUACGUACAACUGAUACAUCAGAAAAGUAAUAAUUAUGUAGAGGAAUGUACCAAUAUUAAAUUCGUGCCUACUUUGGGGCAUGAAAAACGAAAGCAGCUGAUGCCCCCACUACUUAUCUUGGAUCCUGAAGACUUAGUUGUUAACUUCUCCAUAUCUUCUUCAGAAAACUGUGACUGUUGUAAGGUUCAGAAGAACUGUCUCUAUAGUACAUUUUGUGAAUACCUCAUUCCUGUACCAAAUCUAGAUGGUGUCUACGUGUUAUCAAAGCCGAAACAAGUGGAUCGGGAUAGUCAGACAUCGCGACUUCACAUCAGUCAGUCAGUGCCGGAAUCGUCUAGCAAAAUAAUCAACACAGUUAAAUCUGAGGAAAUCAAAAGUCAAAUUGCUCCUUCUGUCUCAUGCACUAGUUCUGCAACAUGUAAAAUGUUUGCAGAAGCCAGUGCUGAAAGUGAUGCUGUGUGGGACUCCAGAAAUCUGAAGUCACAAAAGACUGUUUCUUCUUUUGAUAGAUGUCAUUCUGUUUCUCAAUCUUCUGAUUUACUGGUACGAAAAUUAGUAGACUGGUUUCAUUUGGUGUCGGGAAAUACGUCUGAUAUAUGUCCUUUGUUCUUACGCCUUCGUGGAGUUUUAAAUUACAGGGGGAUGUCUUGUGUUGUACCUUUAUAUGACGGAUUACCCGUUUUCUGUGCUGCUCACUUUCGUGAAACUUUAUCUCAACUCAUCUUGAGGAGUGCUUCUAAAAAUGAUAUGCAUUUGUCAUCCACAGAUAGUAACUCUGUUCUGACGAUCGAUCUUGGACAACUGAAUUUUUAUGUAGAAAUCCAACCUAUCAUCAACUCUCACUAUGAUUUUUCUCUGUUACGUACGUUUCAAGACACAGAUGUUUAUAGAAAGUUACAUGAAAAAAGUGUCAAGGAAACUCAAAUGGGAUAUCUGGCAAAUUUCACCUAUAAUAUUUAUAUGGAUCCUGCAGACAUGCCUCAAAACUAUGUGGUGUCUAAAAGUCACUUUAUUAAUACAGCCUAUUCUACCAUGGAAGAAGAAUGCGUUACCAUCGAUGAUUGGUUAAAACAAAGUGAUAUCUCAAAAAUCCCAUCUAAACAACAAUGUUUUCUUCGCUUAUUCGUUUUCCAAAUGUUGUGGCAGUUGCACGAUAGUUUGGUAAAUUGUUUACGUUCACUCACUCCAAUAACAGAACAAUCACUUGAAAUAAUUCUUCGGCACAUUGAGGAUACUUGUAAAGCAAUGAACACUCCACUUUUUAAUCCCAGUAAUAUUUUAGUUAAUCAUUCCUGUAUGUCCUCCACUGAGGAAGAAAACUUGAAACCAAAUGCUGAGUAUGAAAAGUCAUGUGUGUUCCAGCGGCAGUGCGCAGUCGUGCAAAACUUUCGUAAUCUUAAGAAAGAGGUUGUUAUGCAGCGGAUACGGUUAGAUUUUGUUUUGGACGAUACUGAAGUAGUUGAUCAGUUUACUAAGUAUUUCGAGAGUAUGCUUGUUUCACAUUCGUACGGCCGCCCUUAUUAUGUCAAUGGGUACUAUUAUUUGUCAAACUUUAAUGGUGGUUGUGGAAAUAUUUCAGAAAGCCGUUAUAUUAAUAUUUGUGAAGGUGAAAAAGGUGAUCUUUUGUCUUGUUCUAAUAAUCCCAAGUUUGGCUUACAGGCUUCAGUUGCUACCGUGAACAAAUAUUUUUCUUUUCACAACUUUUCUUCGGCUAACGUGUCGACUGCAUUUACUUCACCAACUGAAACACGUUUCCAAUCUCAAAAAAGCAAAACUCAUGACCAUCAAGGUGUUGUAAAUAUAGUUAAUAGGUGGUCGAUGAAAAGAAAGAGAAGUUCUUCAUAUUCAGUGAAGAAGAAUACUAAUUUACUACGUCGAUCACAUUCUUUCCCCGCUAACGGAUCACAUCAUACUGGAGAAUAUUCUGAGAACGUUUUUAAAAAUAAUUGUAUGAGACCUAGUGUGAGUCUUUCGCGAGCAAAUGCUUUGGAAAAAUGUUUGGAUUCACCUGUGUUACACGAGCGAGUGCAGUCAAUUAACAAUUUUUUGCCGUUUUGGUUUAUUUUUCGGAUUUCUUCGAACUCAGUUAGUAUUUUCUUUCAUCAUACGGAUUCACACGUCAGCAGUUUUCAUAAUGAGUCUUUCGCCAUACCUACCUCCUUAACUUCGGAGCAAAAACUAUAUGAAAUUUCUGCAGAUAAAUUGCCAGUGGAAUGUGAUUACUGUAAUAUUUAUCAAAAUGUAGUAAAUUCUAUUCACUCCCUUAUUCGAAUGCUAAACCAGAAGCUUUUGUUAGCAAAACUUUGUGAUGAACGCUUAUGUGAUGACCUUUUGCUACCAGCUGAUGAAUCUGAUGUAGUUGUAAAGUGUGACUCCAGUAAUUUUUAUGAUUGUAAUGCAGCUGUCAUGCGAAAUGGGUCUGUUGAAUUGACUAACUCCUACGGAUGGAAAAUUCGAAGCAAACGUCGUGCUCGUCCUUUCACGCGCUACAUACCUUUAGUGGAGAAACAGAAACUGACACUCGGUGAGAAAAAGUUAAAGAAUUACUCAAAUAUACCUAGCAACGUUGGAAAAUGUGAUCGAAUGAAAUCUACCACUGCGUACAACGUUAUACAGUAUCCUGUAAAUUCGUGUGAUCAGCUAAAAUCACUCAACCACCAUGUAAGGUGGUCAUCCGGUAUAUUCGCUUGUCCAGUACAAAUGACCAGUUACAUUCGCUUGCAUCCUCGUGUCUUUCUCAACUCUCAAAUUUAUCCUGUUGAGAAAGGUAGGCGAAUUAUUCCAGCUCUUCGUCAACUUCUAGAAAAUUUAGCUAUAACAAAUCGUUCUAAUAUGUUUUUUCUUAUUGAUCAUCCACCCAAAGCGGAUUCUAGUUCAAUUUCUACCAAAAAAAGAAAGCAUGCUUAUUGUGAUUCGGAUUUUCAGUCAGUAUACUCUGUCACAGAAUACUCACAACAACCUGUAUUUUAUAUGUUACUAAAAGAAGUUACAACCACAGCGUUUUUAUCUGAACACCAACCAAGUCUUUUAGAUAAACAAGCAACUCUAAAAGAAUUUAAAAAACCAUCGGAGUUCAAGUUAGUCAAUAAAACAAGUAAAUCCAGGCAUGUUUGCUCAGACAUCUCCACUUCAGCGUACUUCGGUAGCUCAGAACAAAGUGUAAAGAGUACUCAUAAAGGGAUUCGAUUUACGUCCACUUCAAAAAUAACUUACGAUCACAACAGCCAUGUUGGAGAAAAUUAUCUGCAAAUAACUCUUCAUGGUAUAAGUCCGCCUAGUAGGAACCUUUGUGCUUCUGUUCACCAUAUGCUGCAAUCUAGGUUGGAUGGACUGGUUCUGCAACAAAUAUCUGAUAGCCUUUCUAGAAAUGCCAUUAAUCGCCUUACAAUGGAAGAUUUUAUGUUCCUGCUCAAUAGACGGCCUGAACAACCUCAUCUUCAUUUUUUUAUCUCUUUACCAAAGUUCUUGACUGAUAAUGAUCAAAGCUUUUUUGGAAUUACAGUCCCAUACAAACCUAGUCAAACAGUUCUUGCUUUCUGUCAUUAUUUCCGACAAAAUCUUCUCCUGUUCCUAACUCCAGUGAAACUGGAUCGUGAUACAAAAGCGCUUUUAAAGGGGUUAGGCAAGGCUGAACUUUUCCUCUUUAAUCGUCCAAGUGCUCAGGGUUUCUCAAAACAUGGCGUUGCAACUGUAUUGUUUCAGCUUAUGAUGGUUUCUAGUGAUAAAGCACCCCAUCUAACUCAUAGUCCCCUCGAACCUUAUGUUAUUUUGGAUUGGGCUUCACCAGACAAGUUCUUAACCACCAAUAAAACCUGCAAUUUAUGUUUCCAGGAUAUGUUGGAAGCCAUCAAAGAUUUCUGUGAAGUUAGUGAAUCUGAUCUACAAAAUCGGCUUGGUCUUAUUCAGCCACUUCCCCGACUUGUUCUGUCAGUUCGUAUGUGGGAACGGGGACAUUCUGAUCUUGAUAACUUGAAAAUGCGUCUGAUGGCUUCUGUUCAUCAUGCUCUUUAUGAUCUAAUGACAGAAUAUCUUGUUUUAACCUCACCAAUAUUCUUCGAUUCAGAAUACAGUAGCGUUAUUGGCUCUUCAAAGACUCUCCAUGAAAUGAAAAAUAAUGACUUAGUGGUUUUAGAUUCAGGAUCUAAAUAUAUGACCGGUAAGGAUGCAUCUGUGAAUCCACUUAUCUUGCCGUGGAUGAAAGAAGGAAGAGCCAUUGAAUCACCUCUCAUAAGUACCGUGUUUGCUAAUCUCUCCUCAUCUUUGUUCGUUGAACAGUUUGUUUCGGAUCUUUUAAAGCCAUUUAUAUCUCAUGACGAAGCUUUGAUAUUAGAUGGUUCAUCAAACAAUUACAGAAAAUUAAGUCCUUCGUUAGACAUCAGUUGUUCUUCUAAUGUUUCAAAUGGAAUAGUCAAUUGGCCUGAAGUAUCUGCAAAUUCUAGUGUUAAACACGACACAAAAUUUGGAGAGAAUGUAGAGGUAUCGAAGCCUGGUCUCGCCAGCAAAUAUAUCAUAGUCGGCUACAAUCUAAAUGCUUGGAGAAAAAUCUGUAGACCACCUCAAACCGGACAAGAAUGUAAACUUCCUAAUUUUCCUCAAACAUUCAAUCAGACGUCAGGAAUCCGACUUAUUGAGUUUAUAUCUGAUUCUGGUACCCAAUAUGACGCAUCUUCACGAAUGCAACCACUGAAAGUCAACAUUUCAUCAAAUCAGUAUUCAUCUGUUUCAGUCAGCAAUGACCCUAAUAUAAAUUUGAAAAGGACCAAUCGUAACGAUGAAACGUGUGUAUACGAAACACGUUUUUCUCCUGGCAACGACGGUAAACGGCGUUCAGUUCAACAAUCUGAUUCUCACUGCAGUCCUACUGAUAACUCCUAUAGCUUUGGAUCUCUGGUAUCGAAAUUUCCGGAGUUUUGUCCUGUUAAAAUUGGAAUGGUUCGACAGGUCACUCGACAUCCUUCAGCUGAAGCUAGUGUUAUCACUAAUCUAUCUCAGAACGAUCGUUCCAAUUCAAAUGAAUGCUUAAAUCAGAAUUCUCCGCUAACUCGAGAAAAGUGUAAGACGAGUGUACAUAUUCCUCGACAGAGUUUCUGCCUUAUCAAUAUAAACGGACGUCUUAUUGAAAUGUACACAUACAAUUGGACUAAAGAGGAAGCUGAACGCUUAUCGAAUCGUUUGUUACUAUUAGUCGACUGGUAUAAUCAACGCUAUCAGCUACUCUGCUCGUUUUCGUUUCAAAAAUUGGGUUUGUUUCACGCUAUCAGUAAUCCAUCAUUUCGUGCGUGUGCUGCUCGUGCUACAGAUUUAAUACGAAAUAACUGUCCCCCUGAGUUGAAUAUCGGUACGGAUUCUUCACCUGCUACAGUCAGCCAAAACCCAACCAGUUCGCAUAAUCUUCCUUCUUCGCCAUCAGUUGCCUCUUCAUUCACUGCCCAAACUCCAACAUCAAGUGGUUCUAUGAACCUCCUGUCAGCUGUGGUUUCGGUUGCACGUAGACGACAUGCUACAGCAUCAUCUACUGAUGCUGUCGGUAGUAUUAAUAAUACUAAUGUUUCUGGCAGUCCUGCUCACUUUAAUUCACCCCUAUUUCCUACUCAUUCAGUGUCAAAUCAUGGUACAGGCAACUGCAGAACAGAGAACAAGGGUAUUAAUAAUCUCCUUCGGUUGUUUCAGGAUUGCGGAAACAUCCCAUUGCUUCUGCCUCCUGGGAAUCCUCACUCACCUUACAUUGAUAUUUUACACCGAUAUGGCAAACAAGUGACAACACUUAUGGAAGCGGAUGUUCUUCAAUCUCAGUAUAUUGAAAUGUACAGUCUGCCUUUCAGAGCUUGGCAAGAAGAUUCAAAGUGUUGUAGCACAACUAUGGACUCAGAUUCAGCAAAAUCAUUAUCAUUUAGUAAAGAUGUUGGGCAGAAAUUCACACACUCUAAGUCAAGCAUUAGAUCUAGUGAAGCUAUUUUAGCCAAUGAACAAGUCUCGAAACGAUUGCAACGCUAUUCAGCUAUCAAACAAGCCUGCCGUCAUUUGCAUACUAUUUGCACACCAAUAUUAUUCUGUCCUAGUACUCGUUCGAAAGUUGUACAGUUGAUGAAAGAGGAAGAGAAUGCUAUGAAUAGAACAGCUCAGUUGUAUUUUAGUACAACAGUCAAUCAGUCUGUUCAUUCUUCUUCGUGUUCUGCUGCUACUACCACUACUACUAAUACUAAUCCUACGACUACUACUGCAACUACAAACACGACCACUACAGCCACCGUUACUGUAGCUAACAGUAAUUCAGGUGUUACCGAUUCAACGCCACUUAAGGAAACUGGGGUUUCUGAUAAUCUCUGCCGUUCUGAUGAACAAACAACUGAUCAGUGUAAAUUGACUUCAAAUGAUAGUCCUGCAAUUGACCUUAAAUUGAAACAAAUGCCAGACACAAAUUCGCCUGGGAAUCGUUUUCUAUCACCUUGGCUAAGUUGGUCACACAAUUCCUCUGCCCCAAACAACCUGAACGACUCCAGUCUAAUUACAUCGGAUACUCUGCUCAAAGACAAUAAUUUGAUUAGUGAAAAGCUGCAACAUAACGAUGGGCAUACUUCUGUAACAAAUUUCAAUAAUUGGUUACGUCGUGUAGCGCAUAAUUUCCUAAUGAAAUACUCUCAAUAUUUACAACAAGAAGUCGGCUUUUAUUCUGUUCCAAUAUUGAAUAGUCAAGUUACACAGAACAGCAGACGUGAGCAUACAACAAAACUCAAUGUUAAAUAUGCCUUAUUUCGUCGUUCUAUACACUUGGCUGGAGUUCAUAUUAUUGAGCUGUUUAUUCGUAAAUCUCAUUUGUUCGUCAGACUGGGUACCAUUGAAGUUAGUCGUUUUAGUUGGCACGCAUCACGCUCUGUAACUAUGGGACCAUAUACUUCAGAGGUGAUUUCUCAGGCAGCAGCCUCUGCUGCAGCCAGUAUGACAUCUGUCAUGUUCAAUGCAGUUUUUCGUCGAAAUAUGGAGAAAUCACUUCGUUCGCAUAACUCGUCUGGUGUUGGUUCACCUUUUGACAGUCUACCUCCUCCUUUCGAUCACCAGUGUUCUGAUUGGAUGCAAUAUGGUAGUAAUAUUUCGUGGAAUGAGUCAAGUAAACUAUGCGACUACACACAUCUGCAUUCAUUUUCAUAUGAUUUUCAUUUGCACGCAAUUCAAGAUUAUUUAGGAAAUCGUCGAUGUUGUCAUCGUGACCAGUGUUCUGAUGCAUCGCGUAGAUCAGCCAGUGCAACUGGAAGAGGAUAUGCAAAUGUAAUCGAUAUACCUGAUUAUCCUGUGACAAAAUUUUUGGAAGAUUUAUCUUGUCUUGCUCAAAAAUUACCACUUUUCUCUCGAGGCUAUCUGUGCUGUUUUCCUGUUACAUGUCAUGUUAGUUUGUGUCUACGACCGGAUCAAGUAUUUCACCAUUUAAUAGAAGAGCAUGCCUGUUAUGGUGUAGACAUUCUACGCAUGAGUAGAAGUGAAGGCGGUAUCGCUCAAACAAAUCAAAUAUAUAACAAACAUCUAUCAUAUAAUUUUGCUUUAGUUGAACAAUGUCAUCCUGAGCAAGAAUCUUCGUGUUCCAGUUCACGUUCAUCCAAUUCAGAUCAUCAAUCAAAACAUCAACCAUGUUCCAAUUUAAGGACAUCUUCUGAGUCACAUUCCACUUCAUGUAAUCAUUCAGCCCUAGGAAUAGCAAAUACACAUCAAAUCGUAGAGGAUCUAGCCAAACUCGAUAGAGAGUCUUCCAGUCUACACUCAUUACCACAACCUUAUUCAGUAACAGGGAUUGUUGUUCCCGAUGAAAUCAAUGGAACUUAUUCUGACAUCAGAUCACCGGUUGAUGGAUCUAUCACAAAUAGACUUCUUCACUUAACUGUAUAUUUAAUUAUUUUAGACUCGAAACAUGAAUUCCCUGAGUCAAGGCUUGCUAAAUUGAAUUCAGGUUCCUGUACUCAAUGCCCAGUUGAUUGGCCUGCUGUUCGUCCAUGUUUGGAUCCUUUUUUAUUUUCUUAUCAAUCAUCCUCAUGUUACCGAAGUCUCCGAUCUUUUGCCAGUGAAGAUGUGGAUGUAUCAAGCUAUUCAGUGGACAGACAUUACCAAAAUCUUCCACCGACAUAUUUUGGUGACUACAGAAAAUUUUUAAAGCAUUCUAAAAAUACUCCUGAUAGCGAUGUACGCUGGCAUAUGUCUUAUUUAAGCAUGUGUCCGUCACAUCAAGUUCAACUGCAUCGUGUACUUCGAAUUUCUCAGUCGAAUCUAGAAUCUCGUAUUACACAGUUGAUUGCUCGUUCCGGUGUAGACUGCCAUAAAAAUCUACUAUGGUACAAACUUUUCGAUACUAAUUCUACGCUAGCUACACAAAUCCUUUCAACAAACGGCCAGUCUUUGCUCCACAAUAUUGUAGAGUCUGAUUUCCAGACUGAAAGUACACCGUCAAUCACUUUAGGCGCUAACUCAAAUCCAAUGGAUAAUUAUGUGUGUCCUGUUCUUAAUCAUCGAAGUCUGUCUAUGCGAGAGAUCGAAGAUCUUGUAGAUUCUGCGCCUUUUCAACUGGAUAUCUUACGUUUAGAUCCACGUUUGCUUGAACUAUUUGAAAUUGGUGCUUGUCAUCUAAAUACUGUCAGUUCGUUGUUAAACAGAGAAUUUGUUGACUCCCAACAGAAUAAUCACCACCACCAUCAUCAUCAUCAUCAAACUGAACAGGUGAAAUUGGAUUCCGAUAAAAAAUUGUAUAAAUAUUCUACAUCUGAAACCAUAGCAUGCAUCGCUUAUCGAUUUAGUCAUUCAGUUGAGGACAAGCCAAGUGAUGCAGGUGAAUCUCAUAACAGUAGAAAAAAUUACAUGGUUUUAUUGUCACCAUCGUUCACUGAAGGUCUUAUAUUCCUUAGUUGGUGUGAAGAAAUUGGCGAAUAUUCUUCCGGUGAUAAUGCUUCUGUUGUUUAUGCGUCCCAGGAAGCCUCUACCAGCACAAGAAGUCGUUGUAUUGAUGCUGCUGCACAGAAAACAAAGACAACAGCAGCAGCAAACAAAUACAAAGAUUUUCAAUUCCGAGCAGUAUUUCGUGCUGUCGGUGAUCCAACAAAUCCAUCAUCAAUGCGUCGACUCAUCGACUCGGGGAUUGAAAUACAAAAUUUAUUUUUCAAGACAUCUACAUUAGCUCUAGUAGCCACUAAUUUUAUAGAAAAACUUAGUUUUUUAGUUUGGAAAACAUUGCACAAUUGA